CCUCCCUCUCCCCCUCCCCCUUCUCCCUCCUUCCGGAGGUGAUCGACAAAUCAUACUCGCCCAAAAUGGUAGCCAUGGCUUCAAUUCCCCUCUGAGAAAAAAAGGAGAAGAGAGGAGAGGAGAGGAGAGGAGAGGAGGGAAGAGGAGAAAGAAGGCGACGAUGGCUCGUCAAGGGCCGACCACGUUGGAAGACGAGGAGUCAUGCCCUCCUCCCCCUCCUCCUCCCUCUUCCCACCUCCCCAAGCCCAUCUCCGAGCCCCCGCUCCGCCUGGACUCCUUCCCUCCCCCCGCCUCCUCCCGGUCACAGUCCUCCCUCGAGAACACCGUCCCCUUCCCCCUCCCCCCGCGGAUCCGCCACGGAUCAUGCGCCGAGUCGGAGCGUUUCGCGACCUCGCAGCGGGAGCUCACGGAUGCCGACUCCCGGAUGGUCCUCGUGGGCGACCCCGACCGCACCGACCCUCGCCUGGAGCUCUCCGGCAACGCGAUCCGCACCGCCAAGUAUUCCCCCCUUACCUUCCUCCCCCGCAACCUCUUCGAGCAGUUCCACCGCCUCGCCUACGUAUACUUCCUCGUUAUCGCCGUCCUCAACCAGCUGCCCCAGCUCGCCGUCUUCGGCCGUGGCGCCUCCGUCCUCCCCCUCGCCUUCGUCCUCCUCGUCACCGCCGUCAAGGACGCCUACGAGGACUGGCGCCGCCACCGCGCCGACCGCAUCGAGAACAACCGCGCCGCCUCCGUCCUCGACCUCCCAACUGGCCGGUUCCGGCCCAAGCGGUGGAAGGACGUCCGCGUGGGCGAGGUCCUCAAGGUGCUUGCCGACGAUACAAUCCCCUGCGACAUGGUCCUACUUGCCACCGGCGACCCCACCGGCGUCGCCUACGUGCAGACCAUCAACCUCGACGGCGAGUCCAACCUCAAGACCCGCUACGCCAAGCAGGAGACCAUGUCCCGCGCCCCCGACGCCCACCCGUUCGUCGCAGCCAACUUCAUCCGCUGCGAGCGGCCCAACCGCAACAUCUACGGUUUCCUCGGCAACAUGGAGGUCGACGGGAAACGGGUCUCGCUCGGUCCUUCCAACAUCAUCCUCCGUGGCUGCGAGCUCAAGAACACCGCAUGGGCCAUCGGCGUCGUGGUGUACGCCGGGUGCGACACCAAGGUCAUGCUCAAUAGUUCCGGUGCGCCCUCGAAGCGGAGCCGCUUGGAGACCCACAUGAACAGGGAAACGCUGCUGCUCUCCGCGCUUCUGAUCGUGCUGUGUUCCGUGGUGUCCGUUUGUAAUGGGCUUUGGUUGGGAGACCACAGGGGUGAUUUGGAGCUCUCGCAAUUCUUUCGGAAGAAGGAUUACUCUGACGGUGACGAGAAGAACUACAACUACUACGGGAUCGGGAUGCAGGUGUUCUUUACUUUCCUUAUGUCAGUGAUCGUGUUCCAGAUUAUGAUUCCCAUUUCGCUCUAUAUCUCGAUGGAGAUGGUCAGGCUUGGGCAGGCCUAUUUCAUGAGUGGGGAUACCAAUUUAUAUGAUGAGAGCUCGAACUCGAGGUUUCAGUGCCGGGCUCUGAAUAUAAACGAGGACCUUGGGCAGAUAAAGUAUGUGUUUUCGGACAAGACAGGGACUUUAACAGAGAACAAGAUGGAGUUUCUGUGUGCAAGCAUUGGAGGGAUAGAUUAUAGUGGUGGCAUUGCUCCUCCGCAGGGCAAUGACAAAGUUCAUCCUGUCUUAGACGUUGAUGACCAGUGUUGGAAGCCAAAAAUGUUGGUUAAAACAGACCCCGAGCUAGUCGAUCUACUGAGAAGUAAAGGUGACACCGAGCAAGGAAAACGAGCUCAUGAAUUCUUUCUGGCUUUGGCAUGCUGCAAUACUAUUGUUCCUCUGGUUGUGGAGACUUCCGAUCCUAAACAGAUGCUCAUAGAUUAUCAGGGUGAGUCUCCUGAUGAGCAGGCGCUUGUUUAUGCAGCUGCUUCCUAUGGUUUUUUGCUUAUUGAGCGCACGUCUGGACACAUAGUCAUUGAUGUACUUGGGCAUAGACAAAGAUUUGAUGUUUUGGGUCUUCAUGAAUUUGAUAGUGACCGGAAGAGGAUGUCAGUUAUAAUUGGUUGUCCUGAUAAGACGGUAAAACUAUUUGUGAAAGGUGCGGACAAUUCAAUGUUGGGGGUCAUACAAAAAGGCAUUGAUUUGGAUAUUAUUUGUGCAACUGAGACAAAUCUUCGGGCCUAUUCAUCUUUGGGCCUGAGGACACUGGUCAUCGGCAUCCGUGAUUUAAGUAUAAAUGAAUUUGAGGAGUGGCAGUCUGCCUAUGAGAAUGCAAGUACAGCUUUGAUCAGCAGGGGAAGGUUUCUACGAGCAGUUGCAUCUCAUGUUGAAAGAGAUCUCCAAAUAUUGGGAGCCUCUGGGAUUGAAGAUAAGCUACAAAAAGGUGUACCGGAAGCCAUAGAAUCCAUGAGGCAAGCUGGCAUCAAGGUUUGGGUUUUGACAGGAGAUAAGCAAGAAACUGCCAUUUCCAUUGGCUUUUCUUGUAAGCUUCUGACGAGUGAAAUGACUCAGAUUGUGAUAAACAGCAAGUCCAGAGAAUCCUGUAAAAAGAGCCUACAAGAUGCAGUUGCCAUGUCCAGCAAACUUGCAGCCCCUGGAAAUGUGUUGACGGGUGCAGGAUCUGCUAGGAGUCUUCUGGCUUUGAUCAUUGAUGGUACCAGCCUCGUCUAUGUUCUGGAGACAGAAUUGGAAGAAGAGCUGUUUAAAGUGGCCACUGUCUGUGAUGUUGUCUUGUGCUGCCGUGUGGCACCAUUGCAAAAGGCUGGAAUAGUUGCUCUUAUCAAGAACCGAACAGAUGAUAUGACCCUUGCAAUCGGAGAUGGUGCAAAUGAUGUCUCAAUGAUCCAAAUGGCUGAUGUUGGGAUUGGCUUAAGCGGCCAGGAGGGAAGGCAAGCUGUUAUGGCCUCAGAUUUUGCCAUGGGACAGUUCAGAUUCCUAGUGCCCCUUUUGUUGGUCCAUGGACAUUGGAAUUACCAGAGGAUGGCCUACAUGAUCCUGUACAACUUCUACAGAAAUUCCGUGUUUGUCUUCGUUCUAUUUUGGUAUGUGCUAUAUACUGCUUACACCUUGACAACUUCGAUAACUGAAUGGAGUAGUGUUUUAUAUUCUGUGGUCUACACCGCUCUGCCAACCAUCAUUGUUGGAGUCCUUGACAAGGAUCUUAGCAGGAAGACACUGAUAAAGUACCCCCAGCUCUAUAUGGCAGGGCAGAGGGACGAAAGAUACAACCUGAAGUUGUUUAUCCUCACUGUCAUGGAUACCGUUUGGCAAAGUGCUGCCAUAUUCUUUAUCCCUUAUGCUGCAUACAGACAUAGUACCAUUGAUGGAUCCUGCCUAGGAGACUUGUGGACACUUGCUGUGGUAAUUCUAGUAAACAUUCACUUAGCUAUGGAUGUGUACCGGUGGAACUGGCUCACACAUGCAUCUAUAUGGGGCUGCAUUGUUGCAACAUUUAUAUGCGUCAUCAUCAUAGAUUCCAUAUGGAUGCUACCGGGUUACUGGGCCAUCUUUCACAUAAUGGGGACUGGAUUAUUUUGGCUGUGCUUACUCGGCAUCAUAGUAGCAGGGAUGGUUCCACGUUUUACAGCCAAGGCACUGACCGAGUAUUUCAUGCCUGGUGAUAUUCAAAUUGCUCGAGAACUAGAGAAGUUUCAAGAUGUAAACGCUGCCACAACAUCAGAAAUUUCAAUGAGUACGUUGUCACAACAACCAUAAUGACAGUUACUGAAAAUUUUGCCUACCCUCUUUUUCCCUUUCUUUUUUUCUUUAUUUUUGUUGUGUAUAUUACUCUAUUCUUUCAGCUGAGAAUCGGACUUUUUUACCGAUAGCUGACUCGUCACCUAUCUGGAGGGACAGUUUAGCAAUCCCUCUGUUGUGUGUAUUUGUUUAAUUAAUACCUUCCUUUUUCAAACUAAACCAAAUAUAGCAUCGUUCUCGAUAAGGUAA